AUGGCUCCAGAUGCCGAGCCCCAAUGGCCACCUCGAUCACCCCACGAAGCUCUCCUCAGCACGCCCGGCGGACGACAGCGCUAUAGAGAGCUGCUGAACCAGACGUCGCCCUCGCCCUCGCCCUCGAGGCGCCGACGCCUCAUGGCCGCCGCGAGCAUGUCACCAGGAAGUGGGCUGGGGGGGCACUUUGACGAAGACGACGACGAAGACGAGGAGACGUUGCAGCUGAAGCUGCAGGAGAUUCAGGCUCGACUCAGACUCAAGAAGUUGCAGAACGCAAAGAACAAAGAAAACUCUUUGGCCAAGACGUUCGACGAGGAUCAGCAGGCGCAACCACCCGCCUCUGGCGCCGAGUUGCGGAGAAACGCCCGGGCUAGCACCCCAGGCACCGAAGACUCCACGCGACUCGCAGUACGAAGCCAGGUACAGGUUCCUGCAUCCCCGAUCCGGCGGGCUCAGGCGCCCAUGCAGCAAACGUCCCCCAGCAGAGUCUUACUCGGAAUAGACAAGGGCCUCAAGGCAAAAGACAUUUCGCUGAAGCGAGCACCGAGCGCGCCCGGCGCCCGCACCUCGCGAGGAGGGGGUUACCUGGAAAAGUCGAGGUCUUCGAACUCUGUCUCCGCCACGCAGGAAGCUCCGAGACCCCUCAGCUUCAACGAGCGACUAGCCUCCGCCCGAACGGAGGAGGCCUUCCGGGCUACGAGGGAAGAAAAGAUUCGGCAAGUCAGGACAAAUGCAUUCGGCAUUGACAAGCAGGAAAUGGAAGAGUACAAGAAGCGCGCCGUCGACAUCUCGGACGAGCCCAUCGCGGCGCCAUCGUUUACCCGAGACCAGAUCAUGUCCAAGGGCAAGGCAUCAGGUUCUCUGCCACGCAGCAGGACAGUGCCAAACGUGGCAUCUCACGCGGAUAUUGCGGAGUCCAGCUCCUUUACUGAAAAGUCGUCACAGGACGUGGCGACAGGAGAAGGCGAGGAGGGAGCUUCGUCCUUUGAAUCAUAUUCAUGCUUUCACCUGUCACGGCGCAUCGUCCCGCACCGCGUUCUGGCGCGACACGUUUCUGGAAAGAAGAUGAUGAACAUCAAAGAGUUGCUGCGUGAUGUCAAGGCGCCAGACUUUGAACUGCCUGACGUCGAGCAAGACAUUGUUGUGUUUGCCAUUGUGGCCAAAAAGUCUGAACCCCGCGCCCACAAGCAGUCCGAAGCGAAGAAGGGCCGGCAGGACGAUCGGGGAAAGUACAUGGUCAUGACGCUGUGUGACCUGGACUUUGAACUUGACCUGUUCCUGUUCAACUCGGGAUUUACGAGGUUCUGGAAGCUGACGGAAGGGACGGUGGUUGCCAUUCUCAACCCAACCGUCAUGCCACCGCCGCCCGGGAGGCAGGACACGGGGCGAUUCAGUCUAGUCAUCAACUCGGAUGCCGAUACCAUCAUCGAGAUCGGCGCAGCCCGCGACCUAGGCUUCUGCCAGUCGGUGAAAAAGGAUGGGGACUUGUGCAGCGCUUGGGUCAACAAAAAGAGAACCCAGUUUUGCGAGUUCCACGCCAACGAGGCCGUUCGCAAGCAGCGCUCGACACGCAUGGAGGUCAACACGAGCGGCUUCGGGGACAGAGGGCGACGCGGAGGCCGCGGCGGGCGCGGCGGCGGGUCCAAGGAAUGGGACAGCGGCAGGAAGAAGGGGCCCGACAACUACGACUGGGAGACGAGGACGCAGUGGUUUGCGUCGAGGUCGUUCAGCGCGGCGGACCUCAUCGACGGCAAGGACCGGGCGCCCGCGGACCGCAAGGAAAAGUCCGAGUUCCUCAAGCGGAGUAUGGAGGCCAAGGAAAAGGAACGCGAGAUGAUGAAGCAGCUCGGCAAAGUGGGCAAUGCAGCGGGGCGCGAGUACAUGCUACGAGCGGGCGAGAAGAAGGCGGGCAGCGUGGCCUCGAGCGCGUCGCUGCGGGCCCUCACGGCGUCCGGGACGGCAGACGAGCCGCCCAAGCUGGACGCGGCAUCUCUGGGCCUGCAGAGCAAGGACCGGGCCAUCCACCUCAGCCCAAUCAAGCGCAAGCGGCCCGAGAGCUCGCAGGCAGGCUCCACGGCGGGCAGCGCCAGGGGGUCUGCUGUGGCCGGAGGUGGCUUUGGCUGGGGCAGCAGCCUGCGGAACAAGCUAUCGAGCAUGAAGGACGGAGAGAAGCUGCACACGCAAAAGAGCGGCUCUAAGUCGCCGGUGCGCAAGAAGACGCGGUUCGUGACGGAAAAGGGGAUCCGCGAGGCCGGGCGGGAGAGCCUGGGCAUGGACGCAGCCAACGCCGACGUGGCGGGCAGACAGCUGUCGCUGGACGACGACGAUGACGACGAACUGAUUAUUGUCAAGUAG